AUGACGAAAUCAGGGGCGGAGAAGAAGAGGAUCCGGCGGGGCGCGUCACAGAAUGGCGGGAAAGAUCCCAGCGAUGCACCCUCCAAGGUUUGGGCGACUCUUACUGUUUGUUGGGUUUUUCCACCCCACUUCCCCCAAAUCACCGCGUCCAGGCGUUUGGUGCCGUUUCCCCAUCCACCUCUUAGGUCUCAUGCAGUGAUCUUAACUUAUCGAGGGCUUAGGGAUUUCGGUGGCUCUUCGGGGAAUGAAUAUAAUUUCAGUUUUUCGGGUUUGUGAUAAACUCUGAGUUCUGGGUGCGUUUCACUCUGAUGACUAAUAAUUUUCGUCUCGUUUCAAAUUCGCGAGGAUGGGAUUUUUUGUAUGUCAAGCACAACUUAAGACAACGGAGUAUCCCUUCAGCUUGUGACCAUCAUUGCCACCUUUUCACGAUAAUUUCCGUCUUGGAGAGUUGUCUUAUAGGAGGAUCAGUAUAUAAAGUUCCGUAGAAGUUAUCACUUUCGUUCACAAUUUUUGAGAUGACACUUUGGAGGUGAUCAAGUGUUGCGAAUAGUGAAGGCAUUCAUAGGGUUGUUCCAUGAAAAAUGCGUUAUUUUUUGCCGGAUAAAUGUCUGAUAAGUGGAAAUUUUGAUGGUUGGCCUGUAAGCUAGAAUGCAGGCAAAAUUCCCUUGAAAUUUAAUCAAGUGGUCGGGUGAAAUGUGGAGCACUUUCCUGAUGUUAGAAUAUCUACUUUCUAACGGCCAGUCUGCAUAAUUGCCAUCCUCCCCUUUCAAAGUGUAUCAGAUUUGACAAAAAGGGGGAAUGUUAAAUAUUGAGAUGGACUUAAAUGAAGGAGAUAAAUGAAAUUUUUGAAACUUAACGUUCAUCCUCUGAACACCAAUUGUGGCAUCAAGAGACAGAUGAGAGUGUAUUCAUACUAAUUUAGUAAUUGAAGGAUUUUUCUAUUUCUUAUCUUAUUAUUUGAUUAUUACAACCUUUCCACUGUCAAGUUUUAAUCAUCCCUUUGUUGACUUGACAAAGUUUGGGUAUGCCAUUGUUCAAGAAGAUUCUUCUAGGCAAAACUGAAUACAAUACAUAAUACUAGUCGGGUGUGGCCAUAUACUUCCCCUUAUGUUGGUAUCUCUCGAUAUCAAUUUUUAGCAUAGUUACAAAAAAGGCCAAUGUAUUGAUGGUUUAUGUAUUAGCUCCAUUCAUCCUGACUUUGGUUUGUUGAAUGACCCAAAUUGAUAUGGUUAAAGGUUCUCUUCAAAACUAAUUAAUAUUAAAUAUUAUGACUAAAUUUUGAUUAUUUCGUUAUAAAUGGAAUUUUAAGUUUUUAAUUUAAGAGUAUACAGAAAAUAAAUUAACAUAAUAUUCAAUAUUAAUGGAAACUGGGAGCAUCGAAUUGAAAGUCAAACUUCAUGAUUCCUAUCCUUAAUAUACAUUCGAAACAAAUAAUCUGUGGCGAAAUGGUAGGCAUGAAAGUGGUAUUUAUUGAGAAUAAAGUGCCUGAUUUAGAAUGCGAAAGAGUCCUCUUGAUGGUAGCGUGAGAGAAAUUUAAAAUUGUUAAUGGAGUCGAACUGUGUUCAAUAGCUGAUGGUCAUCUAGAGAAACUUUUAAACCUAAUUGUGCAUGAAAUUGGGCGUAGACACAUGGGGCACCCCAUUAAAUGAAAUUCAACCUAACAUUGAUAGAUGCCUAACAGUAAUGUGGAUACUGCUUGGUCAAUACUGUUUGCCCAUCAUCUCUUCAUCUUCAUGAAGUAUUGCUCAUGACGGAAGUAUAUGGUGGUAAUACUACAUUAGACAUAGAAUACUUUCACAAGAAACACAUCCUUCAAGGAUUUGACUCAAAAGUCACAAAAAGAGACGGUCAAAUGCUACAACAUCUUCCUGUCUCCUUAUAAUAUUAUAUGACAGGUUGGCUAGGAUGCGCUUUAUAUGCACUAUAAAACGACCAUUCAUAAUAUACGGUCAAAUAUUGUGACUCUAAAUUGUAUGUAUAUUUUGACGAGCGGAGCAACACAUAAUCUAGCUGAAGCCUGGUUACGUGCCUAAUGCUGUAGGAUAUAUAAGAUUGCUCAGACAGCUGCCCAUGAAAAUUUUGUCAAACUAGCUCUAUGAUAAUAGAUGUGAUGGGUCAUGGUUGCCAAACCACCCUUUUUGUGUGAAGCGCCAAUGCUGAAAUUGUUGUCACCUUUUUUAAUGCUAUUUUGAGAGUAAACUAUUACAUGCGAUAAAUAAAACAAUCAUUUACAUUGAUACACGAUGUUAAAAAUCUUGAAUCACACGAAUAAACGCUCAAAAUAUUAUGAAUGUUAAACUUUUUCACAAAGUUAAGCGGUAAAAUGAAUUAAAUGGUCAUGUAAAAUUUAAAGCUUUACCCCACAACAUGUAUAUGAGUUGAAGGACAGACUAAUGAUUGGAUCUUUCUUAGUUCAUUCGUUUUUGUCAGUGGCAUCAUCUUCUGCUAUGUCGUUGUUGUCUUUGUUAGUAUCAAUCCCUUUCUCACUACUGAAGUCAAUGCUCGCAAAUGCUUCAUCUCUGUCUCAAUCUUUAUUGUCAUGUAGCACAUGCUGCUAAGAGCAAAAUUUGAGAUAUGGCACUAUUUGUUCCACUUCAACGAACUGUGGUCCAUUCUGGGCUUUUGUAUCCAUUAAUUAAUUCAGAUGCAUCUAGAUGUUUACUAGUAAAAAUGGAAGAACAUACAAAGAUGCAGUUGUAAAAGCAUCAUUUGCUGAAGACAUGGACCUUGUGAUUGCGAUUUAGAUUUUAUUAAGGUUUGAUUAAAACUCAGUUCUGUUCUAAAUUAUGAGAUUUGGAGUGUUCUGAGUGUGUUGGUGUAAUUUAAAAUCUUCUUUUGUGUAUACUUGCAUAGCUUUGUCAUAUUUAUCACAUACAUUUAAAUUCAUCUUUAAAUAAAACUAAAACAGAUUACUGCUAGUUUUUUAGGCAUAAGUUGGCCAACUAUGUGAAGCUUUGACUCUGUAGUCUUUAACAAACUAACAAUCCUUGUAUUUCUCUCCCCUGUAGCAUAAAAAAGAAGGAAAUACAUUUUUCACCAUCUUAUUGACUUGGGUUACUAAUAUUUUUCAGUUUUUUAAGAAAAUGAGGAUGAACUGAGUUGGAGCAUCCUUCACGUUACUAUUAGCAGAUUUCGAUUUGGACAUUAGGAAAGUAUAUUGUCGUAUUACUCAAUUUUAUUCCCUUCUAUGAACUCACUCAGGCCUUCCCUGUUUGGACCAGAAUCAAGAUACAGUGGGACAAAUGUCUCUUGUAGGUAUGUCUUCUGAAAGGGUCUUGGUUAGCUGUGUAUAGUCAUGGUCGAGUAAUGUAGCUUGUGUAUAAAUUUUUAUUGAUUGACAGAGGCUGCCUCCUUUGGAUUAGAACCGUUACCCGGUGAGACAUGGAAGUGUCAUUUGUGGUGGAAAUUCCGAGGCUUAUGCUUAGUGGUGGGAAUUCCGAGUGGUUUGUGCUUAGUUCUGGGAAUUCCGGGUAUCGUUAGUCAUGCAUUACAUUCUUAGAAACCUUAUACUCCUAUGGUACAAGGUACCUGAUAUUUUAGAGUUCAUAAAGUCGCAAAAGCUAGUACGUUUAGGAACUUUGAGGUCUUGGUGUCAGAUUAUUUCACUCUCUAUUUAUUACGAUCAUUUAUUCUUGCCCCCUAUGAGUAUCUUCCAGAUCACUAUCCAGUGACAUUUGUUUAUAUUCUCGAAUGUUGCUGGUUUUUCUUUAUGAAAACCUUUUUUUUCAUAUGCUGUAAGAGAUUAUGUUCAAAAGUUACAGAGAUAAUUGUUGCUUCUGCAGCUUGGACUUGGGAAACCAUGACUUCGUCAUUUCAGAGUGUGUGACUGUCUGGAUAUGCUUUCCUUAUUAUGCAUGACAUAGAAUCAAUUAUCCUUAUGCAUCUGAUUAUGUCUUACUGGCACUUUUGCCUGUUGGUAUCUGCUUGAUUUCCUCCAAAAGAGAGGGGAAUGAUCUGACCAUCACUCUCUAGUUGCAUGUUCUUAAGUUAGCCAUAAAUUGUCCCUCUCUUCCUGUCAGCUGGCUUCAUAGAACUUUUGGCAAACCUUCUAGUAUAAAGUUGCAAGGUACGUGAUAGGUGGUUCCACAAUGUAGAGGGUGGACAUCAGGUCGGCAAACGGUCAUAAAACUCGUGAAAUCUUUGGAUCCUUGACUUGAUCUAAACUGCCCAUAGGUACAUAGAAUAAAUCUUAUGGUUGAUUUAUCUGAUUAGAUCUUGUCAUCUCUUUGCCAAACAUGAGUUUUCUUUUGUGAAUAGUGUUUUGUGAUACGAUGUAUGCAUAGGAUGCUUGCAAUUUCAUACUUCCUUAUUAUUGAUGCAGAAACCGUCUCCAGGAAAGGAUGUGUACCAGUUGUUCGCUGAGAAAGUCAGAGACAAUAAGAAACUUGAAUCCAGAUGGGCUGUUUUGCAAGAGACAAGGGUUGAAUAUUUUAGGGGAAAGGAUUUUGUUGCAUUUAUGGCCAACCAUCCAGAAAUAAAAGAGAUUCUAGAGUCUGACAAGGAGUUAGAUGUAGAAGAUGUUGUGAAUAUACUGCUUAGAAAGAAUCUUUUGGUACGAUGUGACCGUGUCACAAAAACUGUUCGUCCUGGGAAGAAAAAAUUGUCAUCCUGGCCAGCACACUUGGAGAUCUAUCGGGUAAGUUUUUCUGUUGGUUUAGGGCAUUUCAUUCUUAUUCCAUUGUCAUUUUCUUCUAUUAAACGGUUUACUUUUCAGAAAUGAAAAUCGAUUAUCUUACUGUUCUUGAUUUCAUUAAAAACAAGUUUUUGUGAGAACUUUGACCUUGCAAAGUUCCUUCUCAGACAACAUGUUGGUAAUCUAAAUUAAAGAGUAUUGCCUUUCACUUUUGUGUUAUGCUUUUGUAGAUUGAUGUAUACGGUCGCCGUUCAAAUGAAUUUAUGGCGUCUGUACUUUUCUCCUGAACAUUGUCAAAAUAGAUAUUUAGUUCUUCGAAUUCUAUGCGUUCUGGUGUUGAAUCACACUAUGAAAUUCUUAGACAAAUUCGAUGGUAACUAAUUGCUAGAAGAAAAUAGAAGUUAAUAAUGGAAUGAGAACAGAAGGGAUACAAGGUGUAUUAUAACCAAAACAUUCAACUAGUGACAGAGUUCUCUCGAGAAAAAAAAAAGGCCACUUAUUUAUACUUACGAGUCCUCCUAAUGGAUGAGAGAAAAUAAAAUCAAGUUUUGGAAGGAGCAUGUGGAUAAAAGAUUAUUUGGCUUUCUUUUAUGAUAGAUCCUUCUUGACAACUAUACUGCAGUAUAUAAAGCUCUGUAAAGAUCUCAGAAGUGAGUGGUGAUGAUGCUGUACUUCGAGAAUGUAAUUGGGUAAACUGGGGAUGUACUUAGAGGAGUACGUUCCUAACUUUAUUCAAGCAAAAGUUGAUCGGUUGCACUUUAUUGAAACAACUAUGUUUGGUGUCAAUAUUGGUGAAUAUCUUACAGAUUGAGCAGACUCAAGUUGGGGGAUACCAUAUCAACUUUGCCAUCCGUCUUCAUUGGAUCCUCAAUUCUUUGCGGAGGUCCACCAAAACUUCUGAUGUUCAUAUGCCUUUAAUUUGAAAUGACACAAUAUUCUUUGCUGAAGAAAGCAAAGAAUGAAUUUCUUACAUCUGAAUUUUUUUAUAAUGGGGAUUAUAGUCAUUUUCUCUAACACAAGGUUGUAGGUUGUUAACCUUGUCUUCUAGUAUUUAGUUUAAACUAGAUGUGUUGACAAAUGUUGAUGGGCUAUUUAUCCUUUCUUUGAAGUUCUUGAUACAUACUGUGACUUUUUUUCCCUGAUUUUAUUUUGAAGUAGAUGUGUUUACGUAUUUCAAUUAGUUGUCAAAUUUUUUUCUAUAUCUGGGGAAGUCGUUGACACUUCUGUUGACUCUUUAUGCUCUGAUCUCUCUUUUGAACGGAAUGUUUUGGCAAAUAUUAGUGGAUUGCUGAAAUCUUUCCUAAGUUGUCAACACUAGGGCAACUCUUUGAUUCGAGACUGAAUUUGCACGUACAAUGCCUUAUUUUUCUCAUGACUUGGUUUAUAAUUUUCAGGGCUGAACUUACCUCAUUGGUUUCUUUGUUUUAACAUUUGGCAUGCUUAAACGUGUGUUCAUGGCUGAAAGCAUAUAUACGUUAUAAAAUGAACCAGCUAGUGUAAAAAUUGCACUUUUUGGUACCAUGAAAAUCAACUCGUUAUGUUAACAGAGUUUUUUGUUGUUUCGCCAAAGUGUUGAUGAACUUGCUAAAUUUUUGAGCUGUGGUUUUACUUGGCUUCCUUUUGAAUAUCUGGGAGUUCUUUAAUUGAUCGGUGUCAUCAGAUCCCAGGAUUGGAAUGAUAUAGUUGCCAGGUUUGACUGGAGGUAAGAAAAAAGAUGCAAAAGCUAGAGUCCUAUUGGCAUGAGAGGGAUGGAUACUAUCCUAUCAGUGUUGUCCAACAUGAAUGUCAUUAAGAUUCUGAAGGUAGUGGGAAAAAAGUACUAGCUGCUGUCAAGUAUUCUUUCUUUGGGAAUGGUGAAGGAUUGAUCAAGAAGAGGCUAUGUUAAAAUGGGACAAUGUGCGCAACUUUAAAGUUUCAAGAAAGUUUAAUACUCAUUCUGUUGAAGUGGCUAUAAAGAAUAAGGGCAGAAGUUACCUUGCUGUGGGUUGAGAUUUUUUGAAGAAUAAGGCAAAUUCUACUUUUGUUAGACAAACUGUGAAUAAGUGAGCCUUUUAAAUCAACAAUUACAAUGCUUUUAUUUACUGUCUUCCUACAGAAAAGGCUGGUGAACAGUGAACGUAACAUUAUUGUGGGGUGAGGGAGUGAGGGAGGGACAGUCGUUACUGCUUAGAAGAACCUCACAUGAGCCGAAAUGGAAGAUUUCGCCAUGCUUGGAUGUUUUGUAGAACAGAUUCAUCCAAUUGUAGGUAAUGGAAGAUGUUUACGGGGAAGUAGCAUAAGAUGGAGUAUGCUGGAUAUAGUAGAUAUCAGGCUAAUUUGGGAACCAUAGAAAGUACAUGAGUUCUUUCUAAAGUGCUUCGUUAGAGAUUUCUGAGAACUGAUGGAAUCAGAAUAUUUAAAUGAUGAUGCAUCGUUUUGAGUUGCAGGAAUUCGCUUAAAUUCGUCAUGGUAAUCUUCAUUUCAUUGCUAUGCAGGAUCAAGUUUUCUCUGAAAAUGAUGCGUUUUUUGCGUGGACAUUUAUGAAAAGACGAACGCUAUGGCAGACAAUUCUUUCAUUCCUUUGGCCUCUUGUGGCAGUGGCAAUGUGCUUGUUUCCUGUGUACCCUUACCACUGUAAACUCCUAGUGCUGUACUCGUGUGCUGGAGCUCUGCUAUUUAUAGUGAACCUGCUUUUAGGUAAAUCACAUUUGGAUUAUUGUUCUAUUUGGCAGUCAUGCAUUCCGUCUGAUGUGAAUUUAUAUCACCUGAUGUAGAGUAAUUGAAAUUAUUUCCACUUGAUAAUACGUCUUUAUCUUUCCUAGAAAAAUAUCUGCUUUAUAUGAUUGUGUCUUUAUAGACAUAUUACUGUAUUCAUGCUAUUUAGUGACAGCUGCACCGAUUAUAUCCCAGGAAAUCACAAAAUGAGCAGGGUUUCUGACUUAAGCUUGACCUGAACUGAUUACGAAUCUGGCCUGGUUCUUCAGGAUAAUUAGUUCUGAUUUGGGUGGAGAUCAGCAGAAUCAGCCAACUCAUGGUCAGAACUCAUGUUGCUUGAUUGCAUGGAGAAACAUACUUGCGAAUCAUUGAACUCUAAUUGGAGUCCGAGUUGCAGCAUUUAGAGUUCAUGUCUUUGAAUUGAAAAAGGAUGUUGCCAUUAACCCAGAAUGGAGAGGAAGACGAACAUACUUGCUGGUUCUCACCACCUAGUUUGUCACUCUUUUUUCUUUUCCUUUCCACAUUCUCUCUUCCAGAGUGUAGAAAUGGAAAUACUGUUUGGCAAAAUCAGUCAGGGAGGGUUUAGAUUUUACAUGGGUUUAAAUAAUGGAAAUCUGUCGAUCUGACUCUUACGAGUUAUGCAAGUUGGACCAAAUAUGCCUGAUAUGACUGUUUUUGUGGUUUCCUAGUCAGACACUAUUGGGAGUCACGCAACCUUUCACGUAUUCCUUUACCACUUUUCCAGUACAUUUUAUAUUUCAGACAGUGUGGAUCUCAAUUUUUUGAUGCCUGUUUCCCUCUUCUCUGUCAGAAAUAUUUGAGUAGACAUUAACAGUAAACUAGCAGGGACCUGUUUGGCCUUUCUGAGCAAAGUUAUGCAUUUAACCGCAAGGAAGUUGACGUCAUUGAGUAUAAGCUUCGCAAUUUUUUAGUCCGUGGUGCCUUCUCUUCCAAAUCCAGCAUUCUGUGUUCUUAUAAUUCUUUUCAAUCGCAGUGUGUUGCCAGCAUGUGUUGUGGUAACUAUUGACCAAUGAUAAAUAGACAUUUCAGACAUAGAAACUCACGUUUGUCCAAUGACAUGCACGAAAGUUUUGAAUUGUUGUGACUCUGUCCAUUGUGGAAUAGAAUUGGCAUGAAUCAGGUUUGAACGGGUUGUCUUAUCUAGACACCGGGCAGAUUGCAUAUCAAAGAAGAUCAUAGAUAAUAGGACAAGUAUAGAAGGAUACUCUUUAAUAGAUUUAGAGCUGUGCAUUACGUUCACUUGCUUCUAUAGACGACCCAUUGUGGAAUGAAUCGUAAUCUGUCAAUGGAUUACAUUGUUUACUACACAUAGUUCGUUCUAAGUGAGGAGGUAUGAUUACUAGGGAUGGUCAUGCUUUUAAGCAUGUUCUUGGCACAUGGUUACUACAUGUGCCACUUGUUGUGUUUGUUGAUACUCUAAUCCUUGCUGCUAUGACAAAUAAGAUUAUCUUUUGGAUAAAUAUGUUUAUGUUGUCUGCUUCAAUGUUAAGUGAUUUAUCCCGUUGGAUGAAUUUCAUCUAUGUAUACAAUCUCAGCUGCCAUUUUCAGGAUAUUUUUCAAAAUAAAAUAUUAGUGUUUGAUUAGAAGUUACUGAAAGAAGUAAUAUCUUCGUUACAGAUGAAGUAUCAAAUGACUAUGAGAGCUCAUUAAACUAUUGUUCUUGGAGAUAAUAUUUAUUUUCCCUAUGAUUCCCGUUCAUUCAUUUUUAUGUGAAAAUUGAUCUCUGUGCAGUUAACAAAUCGUGAUUUCACCAGCAGUAGACUUCUCAGGAACUCCUCCACUGACUGGUCAUUUAAACACACUUCAGAGCUUUUCUAUGGUGCAGUAGUUUGCAUAGAUUCAGUUCAUGAUCCGAAAAUUUUCCGCUGCAUCUUUCUAAACCCUCUUCAAAUCCUUGGGCAGAAGAUUUCUUAACAUAACCAUGAUUGUAAUCAGUUUAUCCCAUCAAUCUGGUUAAGGUUACGUGAGCUAUCAAGCUCUACUAUUGAUAACUGUGUUCUAGUGGUCUAAUCUGGCAGAGUCUGAUGAACACCAAGAAAAACAAUACGUAACGGCUCCUCCUUUGGAUAUGUUUCUUGAACAGCGGCACAAACCCUUGGAGAAUAUACGAAGGGAAAAACUCUUAUCAUAUUCACAUCAUAGAUGAUUGUUAUAUACGAGCACCUGGGCCACAAAGCAAGGAACCUACCUACCUAACAACUAGGAAACCGAAAGUUUAGCGCUGAACUCCUAAAUAUACAUUCUUUUCUACAUCAUCAUGAGUGUAAUCAUCUUAUCCCAUCAAUCGCGGGUUCAGAUCACAUUUACUAUCAAGCUCUACUAUUGAAAACUGUGUUAUGAUGGUCUAAUCUUGCAGAAUCUCAUAAGCACCGAGAAAAACAAUCCGUAACUGUUCUUCCUUUAGAUCUGUUCUGAUGAUUUAGAUGCCCAAUGCGUGUGUUUUCUUCAAUAAAAACCAAAUAAUUCGCCAUUCACAUGGCCUAUUCUGGCAAAAAUUUAGUGUAAAAGAGCAACCUUCUGUGUUGUUACGCACAAUUCUCCAUUUUCUCUCACAAAAGCUAUAAACCCAAUGGUCAAAUUUAUUUAUGAACUCUUCUAGCAGAUUACUGUCUUGUACUAGGUUGGAAAUCUUCCCUGUGGUCCGUGGUUUCUACAAGCGGCCCAGGCUUAGCCUUAUGAUCAUAUGUCCUUUAUUUUUCAGUAAGGGCGAUGGUGUUUGGCGCCUUAUGGAUAACUCUCGGGAAGCGUGUGUGGAUUUUCCCCAACAUAAAUGCGGAAGAAACUACCUUCGGAGAGCUGAUACGGUUUUGGCCCAAGAAAGAUGAAGGAGAACCGCCCAAGUGGACAUCAAGGUUAUUCUAUGCUGCCGUAGUCUUGCUGGUCAUCUUCCUUCUGAGGCAGCAUGCUCCUGAUGAAGCGGCCAGAGCCAGGUAACUUCACAGCCCCUUUCUUUUCCAAAUACAGGCAGUUUAGAUAAGCAUGAUUUGUUCCUGAUCAAGGGGGCACCAGCUUAUAAAUUAUCCAUUUAUAGUCCAAAGUGUACAUCACAUAAUCUUCAUCUCCCUCCCCGUUGCAUGCUCUUAUCUACAUUCUUGUUUCCUUUUUCCCUGAUGCCCACAAAGAAGCAGGGUCUCGAUCAGAUAUCGCUCAUCAGAGAGAGUGGGAUCUGCCCCACUUCACUUUAUUUUUUGGAUGUUCAUUUCUUCUGGAGUAUUCAUUUUUAUACACUUACCUAAUAAAGUAAAUGAUAUAUUUUGCAUAAAUUGUUGAAUCUCUUUCAUCAGGGUGUGAGACAUUUGUUAAGAUGUUCUUGUUCAGUGGCAUCACUUCCUGUAAUUAUGAUAUCAUCAACAUAUACCACAAGUAUAGCAACUCCCCCUGAUGAAGAAUGUUUAAAAAAUUAAGUAUGAUCUGCAUUGCUAAGACAAUAAUCUAAUUGCCGCAUGACUGCAUACUGCGGUGAUCAACAUACUCCAAGCAUGCAACAAUUAGAUUAUUGUCCUUGCAAUGCUGAUCAUACUUUAUUUUUUAAAACAUUCUUCAUCAGGGGGAGUUACUAGGUAUUGAAGCAGAUUCAAUAAAAGCUGGUUUUGAGUUCUUCCCCAAUUUUAUUUAUGAGAUUCAUGUUCCUUCUAGGUACCAAAAACGGGUAUCAAACAUCAUCGACGACAUGCUCGAGUGGUCUCCGAAGUUGGCGCUCUCCGGCAUGAGGGACACGAAACAGACCGACGCCAAUCAAACAGAGUCGGAUCAGCCUUCUGACGGCGCCAAACCGACGACAAUGGGUGAGGCAGCGAGUAAUGAGGAUCUGGAGCCUAACACUGGUGGAGCCACAGAAGAUCUUGGUGGGACAGAGAGAGAAUAUGAUGCUGGUCAGUAA